CCUUGCCUCUUCUUCUCUAUCUCGGGGUCUCUCAACUUUACUCUCUCUUUCUCUUUCGCUUUCUUUCAUUAUGCCAACCCUCUGCAUUUCUCUCUCUCUCUCGCAGGGUUCGGCUGAUUCCUACACGAGUAGACCCUCGGACUCCGACCUGUCCCUGGAGGAGGAUAAGGAGGCGUCUCGGCGGGAAGCCGAGCGCCAGGCCGUGCUGCAGCUCGAGAGAGCCAAGUCCAAACCUGUGGCUUUUGCAGUGAAAACUAACGUGAGCUACUGUGGGGCUCUCGAUGAGGACUGUCCUGUGCAGGGCGCUGCCAUCAACUUUGAAGCCAAAGACUUUCUCCACAUCAAAGAGAAGUACAACAAUGACUGGUGGGUCGGACGGCUAGUAAAGGAGGGGGCUGACAUCAGCUUCAUCCCGAGUCCAGCCAAACUGGAGGCCAUGCGUGUCAAACAAGAGCUGAAAGCUGCACAGAGGAAAGCAGGAGGGAAUGCACAGUCAGGAGGCUGGAGGUCAACUCCUCCUUCAUCUGCUAAACAGAAGCAAAAGCAGACAGAGCAUGUUCCACCAUAUGAUGUCGUACCCUCCAUGAGGCCGGUUGUGCUGGUUGGACCCUCACUGAAAGGCUAUGAGGUGACAGAUAUGAUGCAGAAAGCACUGUUUGACUUCCUAAAGCACAGGUUUGAUGGAAGAAUCUCUAUCACACGAGUGACUGCAGAUCUGUCUCUGGCCAAAAGGUCUGUGCUCAAUAAGAAAGCCCUUGUGGAGAGAUCCAACACACGCUCCAGCUUAGCUGAGGUCCAGAGUGAAAUAGAGAGGAUAUUUGAGCUGGCAAAGUCCUUGCAGUUGGUGGUACUAGACGCAGACACCAUUAACCACCCAGCACAACUGACAAAGACGUCCCUCGCUCCCAUCAUCGUGUAUGUCAAAGUGUCGUCGCCAAAGGUUCUCCAAAGACUCAUCAAAUCCAGGGGAAAGUCUCAAAGCAAGCACCUAAAUGUACAGAUGAUGGCAGGAGAUAAACUCGCCCAGUGUCCACCAGAAAUGUUUGAUGUCAUUCUGGAUGAGAAUCAGCUGGAGGAUGCAUGUGAACACUUGGCCGAGUACCUGGACAUCUACUGGCGUGCAACUCACCUGCCAGGCUCCGCCCCCGCAAACCCCAUAUUGGAGCAAAAGGUGGUAACCCCACCCUCAGGCAACUCCAGCCAACAGUUCUCUGAGACACAGGAAUUGAUUGAAUGA